AGGCAAAAAGUCGGUGUUUAGAGGCCGAUUUGAAUUGGCCCACUUAUAAAGCACGAAUUUUGUCUACUGCUGAUUCACUUUAUGAGGCUCGUCAGAAAGCAAUAUUGGCUGAAGACACUUCGAACCUCGAAGUUGAAAAUAGUAUAAAGCAAAGAAGAAUAAAUAUUAUACAAGCUGAUGAAAGUGACAAAAGUGAAGUUGAAUCUGAUUGCAGCGAAGAGUUUAUUGAAAACAACUGUUCUUGAAAAUAAGACAUAUAUGCCAACAUUCGAUUCUUCUGCUAACUUUGCAAGUACUAGUCAGACUAACACAAUAUUAACUGCAAUUUUGACACAAAUUGAAGACAUAAAACAAACUUUAAAAGUUCAUUCUGCUAUUUUGCAAAGCCUAGUGCAACGAGACAGAGGUAUAAAUGCAAGUUUAUGUCAGCUUCCAGAGGAUAUAAAAUUACCUAUUUUAACAUAUGAGGAUCUACUAGUAAUGGAUCAGAAGUUGAUAGAUCCUCUAGUGAAGAAAUGUAUGAUUAAAGUGAUAGCUGAUAUAGGUGGAGUUGAUCUUUCCGAUUUUAUAAAACGAUCAAUGAAAUUUCUUCUUGGCAAUGAUCUCUCUAAAAAAUUAAAUCUUACUGGACAAAAUCAAAAGCAACCUUUUAAAACAUUGAAUAUAUGUGAAGUUCUGUUCAGUAGCGUGAAAGUUAAUGCAACUACUCUAGAUGCAAAUAAAAAGCAAAUCGAGGCAGAACUAUCAAAGUGGUUUACCAAUUCACGGGAUCGUGGUAGUGAUCGUCGGGGAAGAAAAAAAAGAUUAAAAGACAUCAACAAUGAAUCAGAUUUUAUUUUCAACAAAUAAUUUGUUGCAUAAUAUUUUAGAAAAUAAAAUUUUUAUUUAAAAUUAUUUUGAUGUGGUUUUUAAAUUUAUCCAACAUUAUAUAUCUCAGUUAUUCAUAGCA